AUGUGUUCUUUAGCACUCUUCCCAGCCCCACCACCUCCAACAGAGAUCACUUUUUAUGAAUAUAACAAUGCACUGGUUUCUGGGCACAGCAAUGAGGAGCUUCCACAUCCUAUCCAAGCACAGGUGGAGGACCUGCCCACCCUGACCAUCCCCAAAGAAACACUGAAAGCCCACAGUCGCCUGGAACACAGCACGAAGCCGGCCUUCAUUCAUCACCGGGAGAUGCUGUGGAAGAGGUGCAUUAGUGCCUGGCGUGAGGUUGGCAUGACCGGAGUGCUGGAAGAGCUGGCGAAUGCAGAGUGGGAGGAGCACUUGAACCAGGGGCUGGAUGAGCACUCUUGGACAGACUCUGCAAAGCAACUAGCUGUCCGGUGGCUGAGAGCAGGAUCGCGCUGUACGCUCACUCUCUGUCACUGGGCCUCAUCCCUCCACGGCUCCUUUUUCCCUCACUUGUCGUUGCCAAGUGAAGAUAUGAUAGCCGAAUUCUCCCAGGCUGUGGAUUGGUCCGGCUGCUCAAUUCGAGCCUUUGCCUGGCAUCCCCACACCAGCAAGUUUGCAGUGGCCCUGCUGGACGACUCCAUUCGUGUUUACAAUGCCAAGAGCACAACCGUCCCGAUCCUGAAACAUCGUUUGCAGAGGAACGUGGCAUCGCUGGCGUGGAAGCCUCUGUGUGCGUCCAUCCUUGCAGUGGCUUGCCACAGCUGUGUCCUGCUUUGGCAUCUGGAUCCCACUUCCCUCUCCACCAGGCCGUCGUCUGGUUGCGCCCAGGUUCUCAGCCACCCCGGGCACUGCCCUGUUACCAGCCUGGCAUGGGCACCCAGCGGAGGAUUGCUCCUGUCAGCAUCGCCUGUUGAUACCGCCAUGCUGGUGUGGGACGUAUCUACAGAAAACUGUGUCCAGCUGCAGUGGUUUGGAGGAGGCGGGGUCACGUACUUGGCUUGGUCACCUGACGGCAGCAAAGUGCUAGCUGCCACACCUUCAGCCGUCUUCAGAGUCUGGGAGGUUCAGAUGUGGACUUGCGAGAAGUGGCCAACGAUCAAGGGUCCCUGCCGGACAGGGUGCUGGAGUCCGGAUGGCAGCCGCUUACUCUUCACAGUCCAGGGGGAAUCGGUGAUUUAUUCCUUGUCUUUCUUGGAGUACAGCGGUGAGCAGCAGGGGUGGGUCGGUGGAUCUAAGACUGCUUCCAUCGUAGCAGAUUUGUCAGAAGCCCCCUUCGAGACCUUAUAUGGGGCGGAGAGGAUUGGAGGGGAGAUUCAUUCCAUGGUCUGGGACCCAAGCGGUGAGAGGCUCGCAGCUGUGAUCAGAGGCUCUUCCAACUGCAGGACCAUCAUCGCGGUGUUUCGAACCCGCAACAGCCCCGUAUUUGAGCUCUUGCCAUGCGGUUUCUUACAGGGUGAAGUUGGCGCCCAGCCCCAGCUGAUUGCUUUCCACCCUUGCUUUAAGAAAGGAGCCGUUCUGACAGUGUGCUGGUCAACUGGAAAGGUCAGCCAUAUCCCCUUCUUCUUCGGGAGCGGUCAGUUUCCCUCUUUUAGUUCUCCGCGAAGUCCCCUCGUGCCUUUGGGCAGUCGAAGCAGCACCCGGGAGCAGCCGCUGUUUUCGGAACUCUGAACUUCAGCAAA